AUGAAUCCCAUGGUUCUUGACUACCCGAAGUGCCAAACAUUUUUUAAUAAUUGUUUAAGGGAGUGGUACUAUCAGUAUGGCAGGGGAACUAAUUUUUACUACGCAAAUCCUCCAGGAAUCCUAUUCACACGACUGAGGUCAUCAAAGAAUGUUAAGGACUAUCACGUUUUAGAGGACAUGUCCCACUGGUACUUCAAGGCCAAUGAAAUUGAUCACUUUUCAACAAAUUUGCCACUGAUCAGUUCUUUUAAGUUUACAGACGAUACUAAUACGUAUUCCAGUAAUUAUUUUACAAAUUUUACCGGUAAAAUUCUAAGCACUUUACACAUUGGCUAUGAUUCUUGGUACUCACGAAUAAUAGCUAAAGCUUCUGAAAAUUCAUUCAACGUGGCCUUUUGCAAUUCUUAUGACGUGGCCUUCAACACCUUCUAUAAUUACUCCUUUCACAAGCAACUACUGAACAUCAGGAUCAUCGAAUCAAUCCAUGAUGUUUUGGUGCCCUGGGGGUGUGUAGUAUUAGUAACUUCCAAAGCUGACAUAAAUGAGGAGAUUCACUCUUUUUUUCCAGUAAAAAACGCUGACUGCCUCUGGACAGACUCAACCAAUAUAGGCCACUCUCCCCUCAAUUUAGAGGAUUCCACUCACAAUCGCAUAAUAAACAGCAUAAAAGCCACUCACAACUCACAAAAUGCUGACAAUUGUAAAAUAUUUAGCAACUUGGACACCUGUAACAUAACUGCCAAUGAUUCCACCAGUAUAAACCGGAACAAAUCCUUAAACAGGCUCUUUAUAAGCUGCUUUCAUAAAUUAAAAAACCCUAAGCCGAAUACUAGGCUAAAGAAACCAGUGUGCACCAAGUAA